AUGGCAAGACAGGGAGGAUUCUACGUCGUUAGGAAGGGCAGGGAAACUGGGAUCUUUAAUACAUGGAGUGAAUGUAAGAACCAAGUGAAUGGUUAUAGUGGUGCAGUUUAUAAAAAAUUUGACGAUUAUGAACAAGCCAAGUCUUUCCUAGGCCAUAAAAAUAGCGCAUCGAAUCAUAGAAGUUCAGAGCUUACUGGAAGCCUAAUUAGUAAACCUCAUACGACUCAAAAGCGAUCUCAGGGAAAUAAUCUACCACCAUCCCUCUAUUCUUCAUUGACGACAUUAUCUAAAUUUUCAUCUCCAACCUCAGUUGAUAAGAUCACCUUCUAUUCGGUAAAAAGCAACGUUCCAAAUGUUGAAAGCAAGAUCUUCGAUAAUUGGAAAGAUUGUCAAGCCUAUGUCAAACAUAAAAGAGGUAUAACGUUUAAGAAAUUCGAUAAUCGAUCUGCUGCGGAAGAUUUCAUCAAUGGUGUCAGUGCGCACGAUUACAAGCUUAUCAAUAUACCCAGGGACAUUUUUCAAACUAAGUAUAAGCUUUCGAAUGGUGCUAAAUAUGAUAAAUGCAUGAACGUUUACUGUGAUGGUUCAAGUUUCGGUAACGGUACGUCAUCAUCAAAGGCAGGUUAUGGUGCAUAUUUUGAGGGUGCACCUGAGGAAAACAUUUCUGAACCUUUACUGUCAGGAGCCCAAACUAAUAAUAGAGCUGAAAUCGAGGCAGUUUCUGAAGCCUUGAAAAAAAUCUGGGACAAUUUAUCUAGUGGAAAGGAAAAAGUGAACUAUCAAAUUAAGACCGAUUCAGAGUAUGUAGCCAAGUUAUUAAAUGACAGGUACAUGACAUAUGAUGACAAAAAACUGGAAACCCUGCCUAAUUCUGAUUUAAUAGUCCCUUUGGUAGAGAGAUUCGUUAAAGUCAAAAAAUACUAUGAAUUGAACAAAGAAUGCUUUAGUAAUAAUGGUAAAUUUCAGAUUGAGUGGGUAAAAGGACACGACGGUGAUCCAGGGAAUGAAAUGGCAGACUUUCUCGCUAAAAAUGGUGCGUCCAGACGAUAA